AUGUCCGGCAAACCGACUCGCACCCUGAGAGCAUGCCUACCCCUUAGUCUCACAGGCUCUUUCCUGAGCCGCAUUGCACUGCGGAAUUUUUACUCGGCCACGCCCAGUUAUCAUCCUUACCACCAGGCUAUUGAUCGAAAGAGCCUGUUUCCGCGCCCCAAGUCAUCAAGUGAUCCUAGCCCGCCGUCCGAACAAUCCACUGGCGCUUCUGCUGCCGAUGCUGUCCGAUCGCGCACACCUGCUUCCGAGGUGACAGACGAUGACUCGGACACGAAGCGAAUAGUCCGCGGCGCAGCCGAUGUUGCAAAAACUACUCCGGCUCGACAAUCAGUAGAAGAUGCUGUUCUUGCGGGCCUACCCAGCUACUGGAGAGCGUCGCAGCAGCCCGGUUCAAACACUUCAACGGGGCAACGCACUGCGGCUGACAAGUUGAGCACGCUGCAGCAAUCAAGCGAGCGCCACUUUCCCUCAAGAUUGACGAAGCGCUUCGUCAACAGGAAGCUUCCGGGGCCCGAUGCAACCUCUGCUCUGGUGCCCUGGAGCUCACGCGCCGCUACAAACGCAUGGUCCUUUCCUCCAGCCUCAAGGCAUGUCCCUCUUGAACCCGGCGGGGAUCCUUACUUUCUGCCGAACAGUAAUGAAUUCUCGCAAGAGUGGGUCAGAUUAUACAAAUCAUUGACAUUCCCUGAGGAUGGUGAUCUGUCAAGGGCACGGCGAGAGCUGGAGGCUUACAGACAAGCGGCCGUACAUUUUGUGGGACAACGUGGCGGCAAAGCUCUGCGGCGUGCGUGGCUUCGUCUCGGGUUGAACCAGAGAGUCAAAACUCUCCCCUCAAUCCUCAUUGGAUGUCUCACCGACUCUGCGCGAAUGACUCUGAAGUUUUUGUCCAUCCUGCCAAUGCUUCCGCGGGAGUGGAAAACUCGCUGCGAGUGUCUCACCUAUCUUGAGCUUGUCCAUGGGGAGGAGAUCAAGAGCCAACCGGACCUUCAACGCAUGUUCGCCCGUCAGAUCAAGCACGUGUCCAAAGUCUGGUCGUUCCCUGAAGGCGCCAUGCCCCGUGCUUUCCUUGCCCUUCUACUACGGCACAACAGUCCCGAACACUGCGAAAAUAUCAUUGACACAGUGUUCCAGAACUCUGCUCCGGUCCCUGUUCCGCUGAUCCUGGUCGUGGUGGAUCACUUCAUCAAACAAGGUAAUCCAGACCGAGCAGUUGAGCUUCUCUCCGCGAUCCCCGUGGAUCAAAGAGAGCCCUUCAAGCAGGCGAUUCUGGACCGGCUCACAAACCUGAUAGGGCUUGAUAGUGUGGAGGACGCUGAAGGUGGCCGGAACUUUAAAGUACUACCCCGUCUCAUGCAGAUUGGGCUGCCUCUAGAUGCGAACGUGCACAAUCGCGUUCUUCAGCAGGCGGUCUUUCUGCGGUUAUCAAAUGUGGCAUGGGAAGUGUUUCGCUUCAUGGAAGCUGAAAAUAUCCACGUCGAUGCCAAAAGCCAUCUGGUGCUGCUCAAGGACAGCUUUGACCGGCAGGACCGGGAAAAACUGGAUAGGAUCCUAUCCGCCAUUCAUGCACGCGAAGACCUUUAUCGGGAUCCAUAUCUAGUCGCAUAUACUAUGCACAUUGUCCGCAUCGUCUGCUGCUUCGACCGGAAGCUGCCGCCAGAAGUCUGCUUUGCUCAUAUCCUUGCUAUCUACGAUCGCGCGUACGAUCGAGCACCGCUGGUCAAGCUCGGCCUUGCGGAACCUCUCCCUGCUGAACAACAGUCGGUGUCACGUCUACCGGAGCCCCGUCCGGCUGCGCUGGGAUUUACGAUUUGGGCUUACGUCCUGUGCCAAUCUGACGAGAAGCCAGUCUCGAGGUUGUGGCAUUGGAUCGCACAUUUAAUCCAACACAAAGAUACAAGCAUAUGUGAGGCAGCGAAGCAUGACGUGUUGUACAACGGCUUUAUCUCAUUCUUCUCCCGGCAACCGUCCACGCUCCAGAAGGGACUCGAGGUUGUCGAAGAGAUGAUCGAGCUCGGAUUGUGUGAGCCUAGUCAGCGAACGUGGAGCGAGGUCCUCUGCGGCUUCCUGCGGCAUGGGGAAGAAGGGGCGGCGGAGAGAGUCUGGCGCACCAUGUUGGCCAAGGGCCAGCUGCCAUCAGGAAGUGAAUGGUCCUUUCUGCUCAAUCGAUACGAGAAAUCUCGACUUUCCCGUCUGGUGAGAUAUGUUCUGGACGAGCGACAGAUACCCGAAGGACUGGAUGCACAUCUGGGCUCGCCAGACCCACUCGAUGCAGCCACAGGAGAGGCUCAAAAAGGGCUGGUGAUGGAGUCGGAAUACGAAGGGGAAGAAGGAAUGGCUGCGAGGACCUUUGGGGCACCGGAGACUGUAGAUUGA